CUGGCCCUGAAGGCAGCGUCAUUAAUGUCACGUUGUUUGAAGAAAAGUUAAAGAUUAAAAAAAAAAGAAAAAAGAAACAUUUGACCUUUGAACUGAUGGGGGCAGCAGUGAGUGAACACCUGGAGCCGGUCACAGAGUUAAAACAUGAAAGAUUCAGAUUUUAUUUAGUGAAAUUAGUCUCACCACACGGGGCAGCAGUGGACAGUCCUGGUUCCUGUGUCCUACAACGUAAAAAGACUGGGUUUGUUUUGGGUUGGACUGUAAAACGUGUAUGUGUGUGUGUGUGUGUGCGUGUGUGUGUGUGUGUGAAUCUUUGGCCUCAGGGUCACAUUUUAACAACUCUUAUUCAAACUAUCACACACUCCAAUCUCAAUGAACACACACACACACACACACACACACACAUACACAUACUGUAAAUGUGGAGACAAGGCCAACAGCCAAUCAGCUCCUUGGUGGGUGUGUCCUGACGGUAUAAGAGUGUCAGGUGAGCAGCAGUUGCAGCAGGUGGACUCAGGACAGGUGUGUGUGUGCGUGUCUCCUUGUCUCCUUGUCUCCGUGUCUCCGUGUCUUCUUACUCACAUGGCGUCCUUCGUCCCAGACCUGGGUCUGUCUACUGCCCCCUGUGGACCUCCUCUGUCCCUGCAGGACCUGCAGUCCUUGGGUCUGGACCCGUCCGACUUCAGCCUCUACAGUCCUGCGGCUCCUCCAGAGUCCACUUCAUCCUCCGCGCCGUGGACACUGGCGUCCACCGAUGGCGGCGCUGCAGGCUCCGCCCACUGCUCCUCCUCCUCCUCCUCGUCCUCGUCCUCUGGACCCUUCCCGCCGCCAUCGGCGUUCUUUCCACCUCAGCUCUACGCCAGCCUCCAACACGCCGCCGCCGCCGCCGCCGCCGCCGGGAACCCUUGGCUUUCCUUCUGCGCGCCGGAGCACGUGCUGCGUCAGGUCCGACCGCCGUACUCCUACUCUGCCCUAAUCGCCAUGGCGAUCCAGAAUUCCCCUGAGCAGCGGCUGACGCUCAGCCAGAUCUACCAGCACAUCUCUGAGAACUUCCCCUUCUACAGCUGCAACAAGGCGGGCUGGCAGAACUCCAUCCGCCACAACCUGUCGCUCAACGACUGCUUCCAGAAGGUUCCACGGAACGACAACGACCCAGGCAAAGGAAACUACUGGACCCUGGACCCUCACUGUGAGAAGAUGUUCGACAACGGAAACUUCCGCCGGAAGAGGAAGAGAAAGUCCGAAAACAACGGCAGCAGCAACAAAAAACUCUCCCCCUCCUCUGACUCCCCCUCCUCUGACUCCCCCUCCUCUGACUCCCCCUCCUUGUCCAGCCCUAAGGAUCUCCACGCAGAGCUUCCGUCUCCCUCUGACUCCUCUUCCUCCUCCUGCUCCUCCUCUGAUUUCCACAGCUUCCCGUAUCACCUCCAGGACUUUUCCUCCUCCUCCUCCUCGUCUCCUUCUUUAUCUCCUUCUCAGGGUUUUCUUCCCUCCUUCUGCACCUCCUCCUUUUCCUCCUCUGCGCUCCAUCACUCCUUCUCUCCUGCACCUCCUGUUUUCUCCGCUGCGCCGUCACUCGCUCCUCCUUCUGCACCCAUCCUUUUUUCCUCGGCCUCCUCUCACUUCAGUCCUCCUCCCCCCCUGUGUGACUCCCUGGUCAACUCCCCGCCGCUCUACACCGACCUGCAGGUGGCAGCGAGCGUGGGGCUCCAGCAGGAGGAGCAGCAGGAGUUCCAAGUGCAGUGUGAGCCCCUGUUCUCAGGAGGCUUCAGUGACGUUCUGCACCUCCAACAUCUGCUCCUCCAACAGUGAAGAAAACCUCGUUGUGUUUACACUGUAAAAAAAUGAUGUAUUUAUGUUUUUUUUAAAUAUAUAUUUGAAUUAUUUUAUUUUUAAUUGAAUUGUGGUGAAUGGUUUUUGAUCUAUAAAUAUC